AGCACAGGGAGACAGGGAAAGAGCGUGUAGGAGCGUGGGAGAUCCAGAGAAAGAGAGAACGGAGAGAAAAAGAGAGAGAAAGAAUGCAAAGAGGGGGGUUGGGUGUUUGCUAGGAAGAAGAGUUUGGAAGAGUUCUCGAUCGCGUGAAAGAUCCGAUUCGCGAGGAUGGACUUCAACGUGAAGAAGCUGGUGAAGGACGCGGGGGCCGCCCUCAGCAGGGUCGUGCAGAUGACAGAAGAGACAUUGGGUACAUCAGAAAAGACCGAACUAGAUGCACAUUUAGAACACCUAGUGGAGAGAGGAAAUGCCACCAAAACGUGGACAGAGAAAAUUUUACGGAACAUGGAAGCUGUGCUUACUCCAAAUCCAGGCAAUAGGAUUGAAGAUUUCUUUUUUGAAAAAAUUGAUAAGAGAAGACCUAACAGGUUAAGCAAUUUGGAGUAUGUAGGCAAUGAUAUGAUGGAAGCUGGGAAUGAUUUUGGUCCAGGGACAGCUUAUGGAAGUGCAUUAAUAAAAGUUGGCCAGUGCCAGCAGAGAUUGGGACAAAUUGAAAGAGACUUCAUAAGAACUGCCGCCAACUGCUACAUACAGCCUCUGAGGAAGUUCUUGGAUGGAGAGAUGAAGACUGUCAGCAAGGAAAUGUCAAUAUUGGAGACUAAAAGAUUGGAUCUGGACGCGUGUAAAAAUAAAGUAAAGAAAGCGAGGAGCAUGCUGGGUCAGCAGAGUGAGUCUGGCAUACCACCUGAAGUGUUGCUCGAUCAGGCAGAGAGGGAGCUGAGGGUAGCGCAAUCCGAGUUCGAUCGGCAAGCAGAGAUCGUGAAGCUGCUGCUGGAGGGUGUUUCGAGUUCACAGGCCGGACAUUUGCGAUGCCUGCACGAAUUCAUAGAAGCGCAAGCACGUCACUAUGCACAGUGCCACGCCACCAUGCAGGAUCUACAGCGCGAGCUUGCCGGGGCGCGUCAACCGAGCCCUAUGCUGAGAGUCAACAGCGAGGAAGUGAUCGAGCAAAACCCCUCGCCUACUACUCUUUCUCAAAACUCAUCCGUAACCGCCGGAUCUGCCGCUUACGUUACCGCCACAUUCGACACUGAUAUAUAAAGUAAAGUUUAGUCUUUCGAUCACACGAGCGUUGACGGAUUAUUACAAAUUUCAAAUCUAGUUGACAAUUUAAUUGACGAAUCUACGUUGGUUGUAUUAUGUAAUUUUCCAGCGUCGUAUUCGUUACUCCACGCACGCGUUUAAACAGCUUUGGUCCAACUGUCGAUUAAUUGUUACAGACUUGUUAAAUAACUGAAUAAAUACCUUAUACCAUAAUUGUAUAAUUGUACAUGCAAUUGUAUAUUUAGGCAAGAUAGAAGCGUUCCUCUCGAUAAACUUCUUUGUGAACGAUUUACGGCGAUCAGUGCGGUCUAUCAUUUUGUCUUAUCUUCAUCAUCUUCUACUCUACUCUACUCUACUACCUCUUAUUAUUCUUUGUAUUGUCUUUGGAGAAUUUUGCCUUGGAUCGCCAAAACUCGCCGUAACUCGGCCGAAAAUGGCCAUAAUGGCAAUAAAAGAGAAACUAAUCCUUGGUGCUAUAACAACGCCAUGUAAUUAAACGAUAUAAUUGUAAAUGUACGCUUUUUUUGUUUUUGUAUUAGGAUGUUGAUAAUUUGUUUAAAUACUACGAGGGAUUAAUAUCAGGGAUAUCAGGGUGAAACGUGUAACAAUAAUGCAUGUAGUAAUUGAAUCGGUAAAAUAACAUACAUACAUACACACAUACUCGAAAGACAGACUAAUUCGCCGAAUAAAAAACAUAAUCCAGUGAGAAA